CUGAAGGCGAACGCAAAUCAGUUGACAAGAGAAUGUUCGUCUCAAACAAUACAAAGACACCGACAACUGGUAUCUGGACAACUAGCCAGACAACCAAAGCGGAAAUUAACACACCGGAAGUCGAAACCAAAACCAGCCAUGCAAAUGAAUUGAGAAGAAAGGGAUGGCAAAACAGCACACACACAGUUGGAACUACCCCAACAACCACAGAAACGAUGCCGUCAACAACUACCAAAACAAAGAAAAUUGAGGUUACCACUUCAACUAGCAAUACGGAAACAGAAACUGGAAAUUCAGAAACCAGAAAAAGCACACAGUCUACAUGGUAUACAACAAUGUCCACAGCAGGGAAGAUCAGACCGGAAACAGAAGCCGGAAAAUCAGAGACCGAAAAAAUAACACACUCUACAUUGUAUACAACGAAGUCAACGACCGGGAAAAUCAGGCCGGAGCCAGAAACCGGAUAUCCGGAGACAGGAGAAAGUGCACAAGCAUACACAACCAUGACAACAACAAAAACAAAUACUAUGAAACCGGAAACGGAAACUACAAUCAUGUGGACAAAGGAAAUGGAAACCAGUGAAACUGAUUCAUUGGUUACGGUGGCAGCUAUCAGCACAAAGGGAAGACGGAAACCGGAAGACAAAACUGAAACUUCCAAUGACGUCAGAGAGGAAUUUUUGAAGAAACCAUGCAUUGAUCCUAAAGGUACUUUGGUGUACAUCAAAAUUAGAAAAUUGCAGAUAUGCAAUCCAACAAGUCAAGGCACGUGGAUUGAGCCUUGCAGCACAGCAUGCAAUAAAGCUCUUGAGGAAUAUAACAAUAGUUUACAGAGAAUGAAAAUUCAAGACAGCACUGAUGAAAUGGCUGAGCAUUCGAAAUGGCAAAGCAAAGAAAGGAAAUACAAAAAGCGCGUUUCAAACAACGACGAUGCCAAGAAUUACGAGGAAAUUGGCGAAAAAUAUAGGCAAAGAUACGAUCCAACAUACAGCUGGGGAAAGAAAGACAAUAUGUGGUCGUCUCGAAGCAGCUGGAGCGGGGGCGAUACGAGAUUGUCUUGGAAAAGCAAUAAAGGCGUUGACUUAAGGAAAGAUUACGAGCAACUUGGCGAAACCCAUAGGAAAAGAUACGAACCAACAGCCCCCUGGCGACAGGAGAGCGAAAAGGAUUCGGCAAGGAAUAGUGGCAAGAAAAGAAGCAUUAAUCUAGGUGGAUAUUACGAGAAUCUUGGCGAAACCUUUGGGCGAAAAUACGAUCCUGUAUACAAACAGAGCCAUGGAUAUUACGAUAAAUACGGUCGUAAUAACGAGAAGUACUACGAGGAAUACUAUCGCAAGCACAACGAUGACGAUAAAGAAGACCUUGAUGAUGAUAUUUGCGAUAAGAUUUACGACGAUAAUUACGUUGACCAAUACAGGAAAUUGUGCAUUACGACGUUAGGCCAGUUAAAGGAACAUAGAAAGAGAACAUGUCGCAAAAUGGCGAAACGUGCGAGGAAGAGCAGCUUCGAGUUGUGCCGAAGGGUUAUGAAAAAGAAAGUUGACAUGAAAGCAAAAGUGUCAAAAGAACCUUAUUCAUGGGGAACUCAUUUUUGGAGCAUUUUCAAUUUAACUGGAAAGCUUUUGAAGUUUAAACUUUGAUCAAUAUAUGUCUUAAACAUGUAUCCUAUAGAUGGAAUAUUUCUAAACUAUUUUUUCGGAUAAAUUUUUUGCAUGUAGGGUUAAUGUUAUGAUUGUUCAUGAAAAUCACAAAAUAUAUUACCCUAUACAUUGUCUCUCUUUUGAAUGCAUCAAAGUUUUCAAUGGUGUAAAUUCAGUUAAGAAAAGUUGUCUGCUGAAAAAAACCAAGGGCAGAUAAAGAUAUUUCCUAAACAAGGCAGGGCAACCAAUUUAGGCCCCAUUCUCACUCAUAAAGAAUGGAUGAAAAUAUAACUGCUGCAGUUCUUGAUGAAAAUGGCCUUGUGUUCACAUUGAUGCAU